GAGGAACACCAUCAUCUCCUCUAACCUGCAAUACUCCUCUAACCUGGAAUACUACGCUGGAACCCUCUGCAGAGACACACAGAAGACUGUGUGUGUGUGUGCGUGCGUGUGUGUGUGUGUGUGUGUGUGUGUGACACUGAUAACACUUUUAUUUAAAACACAUGUAAGUAUUUGUAGAUGUGGAUGAAGAAGCGACGUGGGAUCAUGUGGGUUUACAGCUGAACUUUUUAUUGAAUAGAGAUGUGGAUUAAAAUCACAGAACUCCGGGAUCCAUGCAGAUGAACGAUCUCAGGGGAACAAAAAAGCAGGAGAGGAAUCGGCCUGACAGAGAUACAACUACUCUGAAGAGAAUUUUUAUAACAGCCUCAGAGUUUCUAAAACCUUUGAAAGCCUGAGAGUGACGCUGAGCUCCGAGUCGGAACAUCUGAAGACUAAAAGUUUCUUUUUUUUUUUCUCUCAUCAGACGUGUGGUGCUUCUUACCACCAAUCUCUUAUAUUUAUCAUCAGAUUUAGAACAAAGCUUAGAGAAAAAGUGACUUUUUUCCCUUUGAUGCGAAUGUUACAGAGAAGAACUGUAGAGAAAAACUCAGGCGAUUAGCGCAUGCUAGCUUGUUAUAUUCAGUGCUGUUCUCAGUAAUGUCAUGAUUAAAACAUUUCCAUUUAUUUGCUAAAGACUGUAAAGUGUAUUUUUACAAAAUACUGAAUGGGCUAACUCCGUAGCGCUAGCAUGCUACCUUUACACACCUAACAGUCUUCAAACCCAGUCUCCAGACUUUGUGUUAUAUUUCUGCUGUAAUUUGUUAUAAAUGUUUUAGCAGCCAUGCAGCUAACGUUAGCAUUAGCGCUGCAGGCGUGUUGGGUGUUUAUUAGCCAUGCGAUACAGCACUCUCCGGCCUCCUGGGGACAUUACGACGUCUGCAAAUCACAGCUUCACACAGAUGGUGGACUCGUGUGGUAUUACAUGGCCUGCCAGCCCGAGUCCACCGACAUGACCAAGUUCCUCAGAGUGAACCUGGAGCCAGAGAACAUCACAUGUGGAGAUCCACCUGAGAUCUACUGCGCUUUGGAGAACCCGUACAUGUGCAAUAACGAAUGUGACGCUGAAACCGAGGAACUCGCUCACCCUCCUGAGCUCAUGUUCGACGCUGAGGGUCGAAACCCGUCCACAUUCUGGCAGUCAACCACCUGGCAGACGUACCCCAGACCUCUGCAGGUCAACAUCACGCUGUCGUGGGACAAAACCAUCGAGCUGACAGACGACAUCGUGAUCACAUUCGAAUCGGGUCGACCCGAGCAGAUGGUUCUGGAGAAAUCUCUGGACUACGGCAGAACGUGGAAGCCGUACCAGUUCUACGCCACCGACUGCCUGGACGCCUUCACCAUGGAGCCCAGGUCGGUGCGUGAGAUCUCACAGCGUACGCUGCUCGACAUCAUCUGCACCGAAGAUUAUUCCCGAGGUUACGUCUGGAAAUAUGAUAAAACGGUGCGGUUUGAGAUCAAAGACCGAUUCGCUCUGUUCGCCGGCCCGCGACUCCACAACAUGGCGUCUUUAUACGGACAGUUAGACACCACCAGGAACCUGAGGGACUUCUUUACACUCACAGAUUUACGAGUUCGACUCUUACGGCCUGCGACCGGAGCCACAACAGUGGACGAGGAGAAUCUGUCCAGAUAUUUCUACGCCAUUUCAGACAUCAAAAUCCAAGGCAGGUGUAAGUGUAACCUCCACGCUGCCUCGUGUGUGUUUGAUAAAGGGAAGCUGAGCUGUGAGUGUGAACACAACACCACAGGAUCCGACUGUUCACGCUGUAAAAAACACUUUCAGGGCCGAGCGUGGAGCCCGGGGUCCUACCUCCCCAUUCCCAAGGGUACUGCUAACGUGUGUGUUCAGAGCGCUCCAGCAGGUCGGCUGAACGUCUCGUCUCUUGGAGUAGCGAAUCGAAAUCGAGCUGGAGUGUGUGACGACGUGCUGCUGCGCUGUCAGAACGGUGGAGAGUGUGUUCAGCAGCAGCGUUGUCGAUGUCCUGCAGGAUUCUCGGGAGUGUUGUGUGAGUCGGAGCGAUGCGCUGGAGGACGAUCCUGUGACGAGCUGCGAUCAGGACGUGACUGUCGCCUACUCUCAUCUCUCACACUCGUUUAUUCUCUCACUCUCUCGCUCUCUCUCUCCUUUCUCUUCAUCUGAGGCAACCAUGAACACUGAGGAGGACAGACGCAUGAAAAAACACACAAACAACCUGCAGAGACGAGUUUACACUCCACCCACGUUUACACUGCAGAACAGACACACACACAAACACACACACUAUACCUAAACUUUACACACACUUUAUAUAUACACACACACAAACACACACUUUA